UACCGCCCAAUUGAAAAUAGUAAACACAAUUUAUAACUAGAAUCCAGAUGCACGAGGAGUAGAAAUAAAACAUGAAUCCUAGGUCAUCAUCAUGAAUUAUAAUGGUUGACGAACCGCCUGCUGCUGUUUGUCUCUCCAUUUUUGGUAUCAGGGAUGAUGAGACGGGAAGUAGAAGAUGUUCCGGAGUUGAUGCAACGCAUACAAUCACGGUUGCCAGUAGAAGAAGCAGCCCGCACGUGCGUGUUGUCCAAGUCAUGGCUACACGCUUGGUCAACCAUCCCUACCCUCAGGUUUUAUGUUCUCAACACACGAAAAAGGAAGACAAAGAGCAUGAAGUUAGUGGAAGUGGAACACACUCUGAUAAGGUAUCUCCGUGACAAUAUACCAAUCCAAGGUUUAAGCUUGUUAUCGACAUUGAGAACCAGGAGUCGGCUUCUCAUGCUGAAAAAUGGAUACGCUCCGUGUCAACCAAAACUUCUCUUAAAGAGAUUUCCCUCUCAAUAUUCCCUUCCGGUGCUUGUGCCUCAUUUAAACUGCCAGAUGAGAUACUCUUGGGUGAGAACCUAACUAAGAUAAUAGUUUUAGCUUCGCGAGGGAUCCGUUCCGUUUGUAUGACGACUAGCCAUCUUUCUGUGAUCAAGUGUGUGUCCCUACGAGAACUGCACUUGAAUCGUGUGCGCAUAAGUGAAGAGGCACUCAAUAACAUAUUGUCGUCUUGUAGCUUUCUUGUGACUAUAGAGCUUUCAAAAAUAUACGCUGAUUCUUGCGAGGGGUUCAAGAUGUUGAAGUUUAUAAACCUUCCUCGUCUUUACAAAUUACGCAUAGCUUUGGAAGGUUGGCAAUCUACUUCUUUGGAAAUUCGUGAUGUCCCAAAUCUUGGCGUGUUUAGCUACCAAUUAUUUCAUUCAGCACGUUUGUGGGACCCACACCCUCUUCCAUUCAACGCAAACGCACAUUCGAUAUCAUUAGGAAGCAAUGUGACACAAUUAAUGUUAGGUGGUGUGAUAGCGGACAACGCAGGUCUGGACAUGAUCAAAUCAGGUUUUCCUUCUCUCGAGGGUUUGACGCUUCAUCUGACGUCUUGGAUGUUGGGAAGCUUCCAUUUCACAUGUGCUUCAAUCAAGAGAUUGUCCUUGCAGUCGUGCCCAGAAAGCCUUAUCGAUGUACAAGUGCAUGCUCCAAAAUUACUUUUUUUCGACUUCGGUGGCGACAUGCUGCCUAGUCUCUUGUUUCCGGACUCAUCUCUCUUGCUUGUUAAGCUUUCACUCUUUCUCAACCUUCCUGUUGAUGUUGAUUUUUUUCUCAAGAUGAGGGAAGCACUCACUUUAUCACGCAACUGCGACCUUCGUAUAAUAACUGAGAACAACUCUAAGUUGCCAUUCAACAUUGACAUCGAGGAUCUAAGAAGAAGGCUCCUCUUUCCUCCUGCUACGAACGUCCAAGAACUCGAGUUUGAAACCGUUGAGGAUGAAUGCCUUUGGGAACGAUCCCCAUUUUUUGAUGCAUUCUUUGAGAUUUGCCAUCCCAAUCUCGUAUAUGCAAAGCCAGACAUGACGUACAGAGACAAUAAUCACUUUUGCAGGCUGAUGCUGAGGGAGGUCUUGGAGACGACGGCAGGAGCUGCAUUUUGGCCUCAUCACCUGAAACGUGUUCAAAUAAAACGCCACAAAAAAUGGAAAACCCUAACAAAUUCAUAGAGAAGCUUUCUAGAUGGGGACAUGUACUUCAAACUAAAGUGGCGUUAACUAAAGACGACGACAGGCACUAUAUUAAUCUUUGUUUUAUCUUUAUUUGUUUCGCACAUAUUUAAACAUAUACUUAUAUUUGAUGCGCCUAGUUAAACAUUUUACACCUAUUGAUAUGACCCUUACUAAAA